AUGUCCGAGUCGCGACCAGAGGGCGAGGAGUCGGCCCAGCAGCCUUCAACGCCCCUGCGCCGAGAACGAGCUCCGACCAUCACCAUCGACACGUCCGCCGUCCAUUCGUCUCCCGAUACCACCCAUCCCCCCGUCCAGGUCCUCUCGAAGCCCCCGCAACCGUCGCUCCAACUCGCCACGGACAAUGCCCAAGCAGUCGACACGAGUGCCCUCCUGGACAACGGCAACGUCUCCCCGACAGAUGCCCGGUCUCCGGCGUCCAUCCGCUCCAAUGCCUCGUCCGAAGCCCGCGAAGGCGAAGGUCGCCCUACCUCCCCACACAACGUCUCGUCCCCCAAGACCAAGGUGCCGGAGUCACAUUCCAAUUUCCUGUCCGUGCCCGGCGCCCGAUCCCGCGGCAAUUCGCUCGAGUCGGAGGAUACGAGCCAAACGUCCAGUACCUACGGUGGUGACACCUUUGUGAACUCUGCGUCGCACGGAUCUCGCUCCGACCUGACCAAAACAACGAAAGUGGACGACGAGGAUGCCCUGACCCCGGACCCGGGCCGCGAAUCCGAGUUCGAGGUGGAAGACAACAAAUUCGCCUUCUCGCCAGGCCAAUUGAACAAGCUGCUGAAUCCCAAGAAUUUCGGUGCGUUCCGCGCCCUGGGCGGGUUGCGAGGGCUCGAGAAGGGCUUGCGGACCGAUGUCCGGAGUGGCUUGAGCUUCGACGAAACCGCGUUGGAUGGGACGGUCAGCUUUGACGAGGCUGUUGGGUCCGAGUCGUUGCCCAAAUCAGCCUCUCCUCCCCUGCCUCGCGCGGAUACUGCCACCGGGUCGACAUCGUCUCCUUCGGAUGAAUCGUUUACGGACCGAAGACGCAUAUUUGGUAACAACAGGCUACCCGAAAGGAAGCUCAAGACUAUUUGGGAGCUGGCUUGGAUGGCAUACAAUGACAAGGUGUUAAUUCUCCUGACGAUUGCCGCCGUCAUCUCUCUCGCCGUGGGCAUUCCGCAGUCUUUGCACCCAGCAGACCCCGAUGAGCCCGGUGUGGAGUGGGUGGAAGGUUUGGCGAUUCUCAUUGCCAUUAUCAUUGUGGUCACGGUCGGUGCGGCGAACGACUGGCACAAGGAACGACAGUUUGCCAAGCUCAACAAGAAAAAGGAGAAUCGACAUGUCAAGGUGAUGCGGUCCGGCCGAACGGAAGAAAUCUCCAUCUUUGACAUUCUUGUUGGCGAUGUAAUGUACCUGGAACCCGGUGAUAUGGUCCCCGUCGAUGGGAUCAUGAUUGAAGGCCACGACGUGAAGUGUGACGAAUCCUCCGCCACAGGAGAGUCGGAUCUCCUUCGAAAAACGCCAGCCGACGAUGUUUACCAGGCAAUUGAGCAUCACGAGGACCUCAAGAAAAUGGACCCCUUCAUUUUGUCUGGCGCCAAGGUGUCGGAGGGAAUGGGCACGUUUUUGGUCACUGCCACGGGUGUGCACGCGACCUACGGCCGAACAAUGAUGUCUCUCCAGGAAGAAGGCGAGACCACUCCGCUGCAAACCAAGCUGAAUAUACUGGCCGAAUAUAUCGCCAAGCUUGGUCUCGCCUCGGGCCUGCUGCUGUUCGUGGUGCUUUUCAUCAAAUUCCUGGUCCGCCUCCAGUCAAUCGAUGAAGGCGCAGAUGGCAAGGGUCAGGCUUUCUUGAAGAUUUUCAUUGUUGCUGUUACCAUCGUCGUGGUGGCCGUACCCGAGGGCUUGCCCCUGGCGGUUACGCUGGCUCUCGCUUUUGCAACGACAAGAAUGAUCAAGGACAACAAUUUGGUUCGCUUCCUCAAAUCAUGCGAGACCAUGGGCAAUGCUACGACGAUCUGUUCGGACAAGACCGGAACCCUUACGGAAAACAAGAUGAGUGCUGUCGCUGCAACACUGGGCACCACGUCCCGGUUUGGAGACAAAUCUUCCAGUGCAUCUUCGAGCCAGUCGGGAAAUGUAUCCGCCUCGGAGUUUGUGUCUACACUGUCCUCUUCCGUGAAGGACCUUCUACUCAAGUCGAUUGUGCUUAACUCGACGGCUUUCGAGGGAGAACAAGAUGGAGUCAAGUCAUUCAUUGGCUCGAAAACUGAAACGUCUUUGCUGUCCUUUGCUCGGGAACAUCUUGGGAUGGGACCACCGAGCGAGGAGAGAGCUAACGCCAAGCUCGCACAGAUCUUCCCGUUUGACUCUGGCCGCAAAUGCAUGGCGGUGGUCGUGCAGAUGGAGAACGGCAAGUAUCGGAUGCUGGUCAAGGGAGCUGCUGAAAUCCUGGUGGCCAAGUCAACGCGAAUCGUGCGGGAUCCCACCGAUACCCUGUCCGAGACCUCGGUAUCGGACGAGAACCGGUCUACGCUCGACACCAUCAUGACCAACUACGCCUCGCGGUCCUUGCGAUGCAUCGCCCUCGUGUAUCGUGAUUUUGAGCAGUGGCCGCCUCGCGGGGCGCCGACGCACGAGGCCGAUCGCGGAAUGGCAGAAUUCGAGCCCAUCUUCAAAGACAUGGCCAUCCUGGGCAUUUUCGGUAUUCAGGAUCCUGUUCGACAGGGAGUCGCUGAGGCGGUUCACCAGUGUCAGCGUGCUGGUGUCUUUGUUCGGAUGGUGACUGGUGACAACAUUAACACCGCCAAGGCUAUCGCCGAGCAGUGCGGCAUCUACACUCCUGGAGGCAUCGCCAUUGAAGGGCCUCAGUUUCGCAAGCUCAGCUCGCGCCAGAUGAAUCAGCUUCUUCCCCGCUUACAGGUCAUUGCACGGUCGAGCCCCGACGACAAAAAGAUUCUGGUCAACCAGCUCAAGAAAAUGGGAGAGACUGUCGCUGUGACAGGAGAUGGUACCAAUGACGCCCAGGCGCUUAAGAAUGCCGAUGUUGGUUUUGCAAUGGGUGUUACUGGAACCGAAGUUGCCAAGGAAGCCUCGGAUAUCAUCUUGAUGGACGACAACUUUGCAUCGAUUGUCAAGGCCAUGGCGUGGGGUCGCACCGUCAGUGAUGCAGUGAAGAAAUUCCUUCAGUUUCAAAUCACUGUUAACAUCACUGCCGUCGUUCUCACGUUCGUGUCUGCAGUUGCCAGCGAGGAAGAAGAUUCGGUACUGAGCGCAGUGCAACUGUUGUGGGUGAACCUGAUCAUGGAUACUUUCGCUGCUCUCGCCUUGGCGACGGAUCCUCCCUCGCCAUAUGUUCUUGAGCGCAGACCUGACUCCAAAGCCACGCCUCUUAUCACCCUGACCAUGUGGAAGAUGAUCAUCGGACAGACCAUUUAUCAACUGGUCGUGACGUUCGUCCUGAACUUUGCUGGGCAGUCCAUCUUCUCUUCCUGGGACAAUGACCACAUGCAGACGGUGGUAUUCAACACAUUCGUCUUCAUGCAGAUCUUCAACCAGUACAAUUCUCGCCGCAUUGACAACAAGCUCAACAUCAUGGAGGGCAUCACCCGCAAUAAAUGGUUUAUUGGCAUCCAGCUAAUUAUCAUUGGAGGCCAAGUCCUCAUCGUCUUCGUCGGCGGAGCGGCGUUUUCGGUCAAGCGCCUUGACCAGGGCUCACAAUGGGCCGUCAGCCUGGUGCUCGGAGCUCUCUCUAUCCCUGUUGCAGUUGUCAUCCGCCUUAUCCCCGACGAAAUCAUCAGCAAACUCGUCCCGCGAAUCUGGGGCCGCAAGAAGGGCCCCGAGGUUGUCAUUUCCGACGAGGAUCGCCGCUACGAGUGGAACCCGGCCCUGGAGGAGAUCCGCGACCAGCUGACCUUCAUCAAGAAGGUCCGCGGUGGACGGCUCCGCCACAUCCGCCACAAGCUGCAGCAUCCCCAGGAACUUCUGCCCCGGUCUCGCAGCGGGUCUCGCUCCCGAGAUUCGUCCGUACCACCCACCCCGAACGGCGACAACGGCAGCCCACCCCCUGGUCCUCCGACUCCCGAGUCUCGGUCACGCCGCAACACGCGGUCCCGCUCCAACUCUGUGUUCGGGCCUGCGGCCGCCAUGGCCGGUGUCGUUGCUGGCAGUAUCGCAGGAUGGUCGCCGAUUGAGCGACCCCACGGCGAGGCCGAUUCCAUUACUUUCCCGGCCAACGGGAACCAAAAUGGGAAGGACCAACAGCAGGGAUACGAGCUUCACCCCGACACCGCAGCAGAUGACCGCGUGCUGGGCGAGUACUCGGCCACGUCCAAGACUCCUCCCAGCCAGAACCCCGACCUCAUCCCCUUCUUUGAACAUGCACCUCCGCCCAACUCUUCAGAACGCGCGCCGUCUAGUCGUGGCCGUCGGUCCAUGUCCCAGCGAUCUCGUUCGAGCCAGAGCCAGUCGCAAGUUUGA